AUGUCGAACCAGGGCUCCAACCCCCCGAGACUCGAAAUGCCUCACAUCCGCUUGAACUCGGGCCGCCAGGACCCAUUCAUCGAUACGAACGAGGGCUACGUCCCGCUCGAGACGCGGCCUGACUCGCGAGCAGAAUCGCAAGUGUCACGAUCUCAGUCUCGAGCAGACUCGAUACAAUUAUCGCGAGCAGGCUCGCGGCUGGAAUCCCGGUCCAAUUCCCGCGCUGCGCAGAGACCCUUGACACCGGGUCCUGAUAUGGUCCCUGUUUCGCUCGGUGCUCAAGGGAUGUCGCCCUAUGGAAAUCUUCGGAAUUCUUGUUACCUCCUCGACUACGACCGACCCCCCCGUGACGAUGGGGAUCGAUCUGGAUCGCCUGAUCGCUGGUCUCAGGCUCGGUCGAGUAUCAGCUCAAUGAGUCGUGAUAGUCGUCACCAUAUGGAUCCGUUCGAGGAUUCGCGUGCGCCAUCCACUCGUUCGGGGAGUGAUGAGUAUGAUGUGAACACUCAAACUGUCUCGGAGAAGUUUAAUAUUAUGCCGACAGACGGGUUACUUCUUUUUCCCGAGGACGUGGAGAAGGACGACUAUCUACACAACCCGGACCCUGCCGACAAAGAGGGUGAAUGUGACAUAUGCAAUCGACGAGGUGUCUUGAACGUCGGCGGAUUGGUUGUAUUGACACUGGGGAUUCUAGUCCUUUUCAUUGGAUACCCCGUCAUUACCUGGGUUGAGGGCAUUCUAAAACCGACACCUCCCUGCCCUGCAGGAGAUAAUAACUGUCUCGACGUUGAACCGCGUGAACUUUUGGAAAAUAUACGAAAGGGCUUGAUCGACCCUGAUACCCCUGCGGACGCGAUGUGGAAGAAGAAUUCGGAUGGCAAAGACUGGAAGCUUGUGUUUUCUGAUGAGUUCAAUAUGCCUGGUCGUACUUUCUUCGACGAAGAUGAUCCCUUUUUCCAAGCUGUUGACUUGUGGUACGGUGUGACAAUGGAUAAAGAGUGGUAUGAUCCCGAUGCUGUGACAACAAACGAAGGUACUCUCGAAAUCCGCUUCGACAACUUCAAGAAUCAUGAUGUGGCAUAUCGCUCUGGCAUGCUUCAAAGCUGGAACAAACUCUGCUUCAAGGGUGGUCGUCUCGAAGCCAGCCUCUCGCUGCCCGGAGACGGUCAUAUUCAGGGUUUCUGGCCUGGCUUCUGGGCUAUGGGUAACCUAGCACGUCCUGGAUACGCAUCUACCACCGAUGGCCUAUGGCCCUACAGCUACCAUGAUGGCUGCGAUGCCGGAAUCACCCCAAAUCAAAGCUCGCCUGAUGGAAUCAACUUCUUGCCUGGUAUGCGUCUACCAGGCUGCGCCUGUCCCAACUCCGACCACCCUUCUCCAGGAAAAGCUCGAAGUGCGCCUGAAAUCGAUGUUAUCGAGGGAAGCACAGCAGCACUCAAUGGCGACGGACCUUUCAUCGGUAGUGCCUCUCAAAGUCUACAGACAGCACCCUUUGACAUCUGGUACAUGCCAGACUACGACUACACCGCCGUCUAUGAUCCUCGUGUCACUCAAAUCAACGCUUACCGUGGUGGUGUGUACCAACAGGCCAUGUCCGGCCUCACCAAUCUCAACUCUCGCUGGUACAACGGUACCGAGUACCAAAACUUUGCCUUCGAAUACUCCCCCGGCGCGGUUGGUAACGUCACUUGGUUCGUCGGAGAAGACAAGACCUGGACCCUGGACGGUCGGGCCAUCGGACCAAACGGAAACAUCGGUCAACGUAUGAUCCCCUUGGAACCCAUGUCCGUGGUUUUCAACCUGGGCAUGGCAGACAACUUCGCGCCGCAGAAUCACUCUAUCAAGGAGUAUAUGCCUGCGUACCUGCGCGUUGAUUACAUCCGCAUCUACCAGGAUCCGGAUGAGGAGAGUAUUACAUGCGACCCGCCCGGCUACGAGACCACAGGUUACAUUAAGGAACAUGAGAAGGCGUACAAAGAUGCGAACCUGACCACUUGGGAGGCUGCCGGGUACCACUGGCCCAAGAAUAGCUACAUGCACGAAUGUCCAAGUUAG